CCUUCGGCCCUCGCUGCACCUCUCACAGCUGGAGCGCUUUGCUCGCGGCCCUGUCUAUAAAGUUGUUGUUGCGGCUUCCGCCACGGGUGGAGGAAGAUGGCGUCGGGAGGUGGUGGCUGUAGCGCUUCGGAGCGACUUCCUCCGCCCUUCCCCGGCAUGGAUCCCGAGUCCGAAGGGGCUGCCGGGGGGUCAGAGCCCGAGGCCGGAGACAGCGACACUGAGGGCGAGGAUAUCUUCACUGGCGCCAGUAAGCCUCAGUCUCCAAAGAAAACUACAUCCCUUUUUCUGAUCAAAAAUGGCUCCAAAGAAAACGGGAUCCAUGAGGAACAAGAUCAAGAGCCUCAGGACCUCUUUGCAGAUGCCACAGUGGAACUAUCCCUGGACAGCACACAAAAUAAUCAGAAGACAAUGCAGGCCAAAACACUUAUUUCUCAUCCUCCCCAAGAAGCCACAAAUUCUUCUAAGCCCCAGCCCAGCAGUGAGGAGCUAGAGGAAGAAGAGCAGGAAGACCAGUUUGAUUUGACAGUAGGUAUUACCGAUCCCGAGAAGAUAGGGGAUGGUAUGAAUGCCUAUGUAGCCUACAAAGUCACAACACAGACAAGCUUACCAAUGUUCCGAAGUAAACAGUUUGCAGUGAAAAGAAGAUUUAGUGACUUUCUGGGUCUUUAUGAGAAGCUCUCAGAGAAGCACUCUCAGAAUGGCUUCAUUGUCCCUCCUCCACCCGAGAAGAGCCUAAUAGGAAUGACAAAAGUGAAAGUUGGGAAGGAAGAUUCUUCUUCUGCUGAAUUUCUUGAAAAACGAAGGGCUGCUCUGGAAAGGUACCUUCAGAGAGUUGUGAAUCAUCCUACCAUGUUACAGGACCCAGAUGUCAGGGAAUUUUUGGAAAAAGAAGAGCUGCCACGCGCCGUGGGUACGCAGGCAUUGAGUGGUGCUGGUCUCCUAAAGAUGUUCAACAAAGCUACAGAUGCAGUCAGCAAAAUGACCAUCAAGAUGAAUGAAUCAGACAUUUGGUUUGAGGAAAAGCUCCAGGAGGUAGAGUGUGAGGAGCAGCGCUUACGGAAACUGCACACCGUGGUAGAAACUCUAGUCACCCAUAGGAAAGAGCUUGCGCUGAACACAGCCCAGUUUGCCAAGAGUCUAGCCAUGCUUGGGAGCUCUGAGGACAACACAGCUUUGUCACGGGCACUCUCCCAACUGGCUGAGGUAGAAGAAAAAAUUGAGCAGAUCCACCAGGAACAGGCCAACAACGAUUUCUUCCUCCUUGCUGAGCUCCUGAGUGACUACAUUCGCCUCCUGGCCAUAGUCCGAGCUCCCCUUAUUAUUGAAGGUGGACAGUGUGCUCUGUGCCUUUCUUCAAGCAAGGCUUAUUGCAGACCUGCUGGCCUGGCCCCCUGGAGCAGUGACUUCUUCAGUCCUUUGGUCUUUGCCUCCUUAACAGCUGCCUUCGACCAGCGCAUGAAGACAUGGCAGCGCUGGCAGGAUGCUCAAGCCAUGCUGCAGAAGAAACGGGAGGCUGAGGCUCGGCUGCUGUGGGCCAACAAGCCUGAUAAGCUGCAACAAGCCAAGGAUGAGAUUACAGAGUGGGAGUCUCGUGUGACUCAAUAUGAAAGAGACUUUGAAAGAAUUUCAACAGUGGUCCGAAAAGAAGUGAUAUGGUUUGAGAAAGAGAAAUCCAAGGACUUCAAAAACCACGUGAUCAAGUACCUGGAGACACUCCUACAUUCACAGCAACAGCUGGGGACCCUGAAGAAAACAAAGAAUGCCUUUCAGAAAUUCACAUUUUAGAAAGGAGGUACUGAUGGAAAUGUUCUCCGGAUGGGCCAGGAUCUGCUGGAGCAGAGUACAGUGAUGGAGGGAAUGUUCUUUGCUAAGAAAGCUCAAAGCACACAGGAGGCUGAAGCUUGUGGACUUCUAGCCCCAAGGUGAUGAGAUUUUCCUUCCCAGUGCUUGGUGGUUCAAAGAAAGUAGAGGGAAGAAGAUAACUGUGACCCCAUGUAACAGAGACACAUCUUUGCUGCAGUUGGCAUGUAUGAACCAUACACUUUUGUCUCUGGACUCACUGGCUAAGGCUCUCCACCCCAUGUUUUGGCAGGUCAAGUCUGAGCUAAGAGAUAUGGGUGAGAACAAGUUGACCCAUCCCCUGAUCCUUGAGGAUAGACACAUGCCACCCUCAGUGUCCUCUGAUACCAGUUAUAUGACUUUAUGUUGGCACUCUCCACUAAACUAAACCCCGAGGUUGUGUGCCUUUAUAAGUCCAUGUCCCUGGCAGAGGUUCAGGCCCAAAACAAGGGCCAAAUCAGUACCUGUAGAAUGAUUGUAGAGUUGCAGGCUCUGCCACCUGACAUAGCCUACCUCAAGGACCCUAGCUAACCUUGCUCUUUAUCUCCCGGUCCUUCACAGCAGUGUUAACACUCCAUAUGCACCCUUUCCUUUCUCAUUCCUGUCUGCACUGCGCUUUGUACCUGCGGUGUUCUUUCUCAGCCCCCAUUCUUCAUUCUUGGAACUGUACCGUUCUGAAAGGGGCAUUUUUCAGUACUGUGUAAGGAGAGCAAGAACAUUUGUCAGUGAGAGAACAUUCCCUGAAGAGCCUCACAGACACUUCUAGCAACAAGGUCCAUGAAGAUUAUCCAAAGAUGCCCAUCAGGAAGGGAUUAAGUGAAUUAUGGUACAGUCUUGCGAUUGGAUAUUAUGUAGAUAUUAAAAGUGAUAGCUAACUAUAGUCAUUGAUAAGGAAAAUAUUUUUGAGUGAAAAAAGCAGGCUAUCGCAUUGCAUGUAUGAUAUGAUCUACAUUUAAUAAAACUGGAAAAGAUGUUGAAUUAAGUACAGUUGCCUCUAGAGAUGGGAUUUUGUGUGACUUUAUUUUUUGUAUCAUAUUGCUUAAAAUGUCUGUAUAUUUAUCAAAUAAAUCUAUUUUCACUAUGGGAGAACAAUCCAGUGC